AUGAUGCUGAUAGAAAGUGUCACUGUGGAAGAAAGUAUACGUAUCUACAGCUUCUUCUUUGUUAGGAAGAUCAUAGCGCACAUGGUCACAUUCUUCUUCUACUGUGUGGUUCUUCCCCUCACCAUUUUUGUUCCUGAAGUUGAAGUGCCCCAGUGGGGAGCCAUCUACAUCCCUUGCAUCAUCACCACCCUUAAUGCUGUUGGAACUCCAAGGUCGAUUCACCUACUGUUUUACUGGAUCCUUUUCGAGAAUGUGAUGUCUCUGCACCGAACAAAGGCAGCCUUCAUUGGUCUGCUAGAAGCAGGGAGAGCUAACGAGUGGGUUGUCACCGAAAAACUUGGAGAUGCUCUCAAAAACAAAUCAAACACCAAAGCCCCAAAAAGACCCAUAUUCAAAAUUUGGGACAGCGCAUGCUAUGAUUUCCUCUAUGGGAAGAAUUACUACUUUGUCUAUCUCUUCCUCCAAACCAUAACCUUCACUAUCAUGGGAUUUGGCUACAUCGGCACUAUUGUCCCUGGCACUUAG